AUCAUAAUUAUAACUCGACCAAACGGAACCAAACACUGGCAGCAGAGGAUCCAGUCCUGGUUACUUCUUUUUCUUCACCUCUCCAACUCUGCAAUUGAAACCCUAAUCUCCCCAAUUUUGGGAAAUUUUAGCAACAGCAACCAUUACAAUGCAUUCCCUGCGUUCAACUUUAGGUAUUGCCCUUAUAUUCGGAGAUUAUUUACUUUACGUACCACGGUACCAGUUAAAUCCUGCUGAUAAACAAAUGAAGUUUUGAUCUUUUUUUGGUUCUGAGAUAAAGCACAGAACGCAAAGAGGAUAGCUAAAGCUCGAGGCUUCAAAUUCUUGUGGAUUAUGGGUUGUUUUGUUAUCAUCUGCUAUUAGUUUUUGAAUUAUUUGUAUGAAUCGGGUUUUACUUCCUAAGCAUGUUGCUGCUGUUGUUAAGUGUCAAAAGGAUCCGUUUAAAGCGCUUGAAAUGUUUAACUCGGUGAAAAAGGAAGAUGGGUUUAAGCACACAUUGCUAACUUACAAAUGCAUGGUUGAAAAACUCGGGUUUCAUGGCGAGUUUGAAGCCAUGGAGCGUGUGAUUUCUGACAUGAGGAUGAAUGUUGAUAAUAGCUUACUAGAAGGAGUGUACAUUGGAGCCAUGAGGAGUUAUGGAAGGAAAGGAAAGGUUGAAGAAGCUGUUAAUGUGUUUCAGCGGAUGGAGUUUUAUAAUUGUGAGCCCUCGGUUCAAUCUUAUAAUGCAAUCAUGAAUGUGCUCGUUGAGUAUGGAUAUUUCAAUCAAGCGCAUAAGGUGUAUAUGGGGAUGAGAGAUAAUGGGAUUGAUCCAGAUGUGUAUACUUAUACAAUACGGAUAAAGUCUUUCUGUAAGACUAGCAGGCCUCAUGUUGCUUUGAGACUGCUUAAUAACAUGCCUACCCAGGGGUGUGAGUUCAAUGCCGUUGCAUAUUGUACGGUCAUAGGUGGAUUUUAUGAAGAGAAUUACCGGAUCGAGGCAUAUGAAUUGUUUAAAGACAUGCUCGGGCAAGGUGUAUGUCCCAACGUUACCACAUUUAACAAGCUUAUUCAUACAUUAUCCAAGAAGGGUCAUGUCCAAGAAAUCGAAAAACUUCUCAACAAGGUUCUGAAGAGGGGUGUGUCUCCUAAUUUGUUUACAUUAAAUAUUUUCAUUCAAGGGCUUUGCAACAGCAGUUCACUAAAUUUGGCUGUCAGAAUGCUGGAUGGUUUUAUGAUAGAAGGUUUAACUCCGGAUGUUGUCACAUAUAAUACAUUGAUCUUUGGCUUGUGUAAAAACUUUAAGGUUGAGGAAGCGGAGGGCUAUAUGCAUAAAAUGGUGAACAAUGGAUUUUGGCCUGAUGCCUUUACCUACAACAGUAUUAUCGAUGGAUAUUGCAAAUUGGGUAUGAUACAAAAAGCAGAUAAGAUUCUCAGUGAUGCCAUUUUCAAGGGAUUCAUACCCGAUGACUUCACAUAUUGCUCUUUGAUUAAGGGUUUAUGCCAGGAUGGCCAGAUUGACCGUGCCCUAGCUUUGUUCAAUGAGGUAUUAGGAAAAGGAUUCAAGCCUAAUAUUGUUUUCUAUAACACGUUGGUAAAAGGGUUGUCUCAGAAUGGGCUUUUCUUGGAAGCUUUGCAACUGAUGAAUGAGAUGUCAAGAAACAGUUGCAGUCCCGAUAUCUGGACUUACAACUUGGUUAUAAACGGGUUGUGCAAGAUGGGUUAUGUAUCUGAUGCCAGUAAACUAAUGAAUGAUGCUAUUGCCAGAGGAUGCCUUCCCGACAUAUUUACUUUCAAUACGUUAAUAGAUGGUUACUGUAAACAGUUGAAUCUGAAUAGUGCUCUUGAGGUCAUUAGUAGCAUGUGGAGUCAUGGUGUUACUCCUGAUGUGAUCACGUACAAUACUGUGUUAAAUGGCCUUUGCAAGGCUGCCAAAUACGAGGAUGUGAUCCGUACUUUUCAAGCAAUGAUGGAGAAGGGGUGUGUACCUAACAUUAUUACAUAUAACAUACUUGUAGAAAGCCUUUGCAAAGCCAGGAAAGUGACCGAGGCCUUGGACAUGCUACGGGAAAUAAGAGACAAGGGCUUGACUCCAGAUAUUGUUUGUUUUGGCACAUUGAUGAAUGGUUUGUGUGGCAAUGGGGAUUUGGACGGAGCAUAUGACCUAUUUACAAGAAUGAAACAUGAAUAUAAUGUAUCUCAUACAACAGCGACAUACAAUAUCAUGAUCAAUGCUUUCUGUGAAAAUCUUAACAGUAGCAUAGCACAAAAACUAUUUUGUGAGAUGGGUGACAAAGGAUGUGCCCCCGACUGUUUCACUUACCGUGUCAUGAUUGAUGGUUUCUGUAAAGCAGGAAAUGAUGAUCAUGGGUACAAUUUUCUCCUGGAGAAGAUCGAGAAGGGGUUCAUUCCAUCACUGGUGACAUUCGGAAGAGUGCUAAAUUGUCUUUGUGUGAAGCAUAGAGUUCAGGAGGCUGUUGGUAUCGUCUACCUUAUGGUGCAGAAAGGCAUUGUUCCUGAUGUUGUUAGUACAAUCUUCGAGUCUGAUAAGAAGGAAAUAGCUGCACCCAAGAUUGUUGUAGAAGAUUUGUUGAAGAAGGGUCAUAUAACUUAUUAUGCCUAUGAACUUCUAUAUGAUGGAAUUAGAGAUAAAAAGGUAGUUAAGAAAACACAAAAGAGCUUCAAACGAGGUGUUUCCAUGACUUCAAAACGAAGUCCUUGAGUGUUGCAAAAAUACAGUUCUUCUGUUAUGGAGCAUGUACUUCUUCAGUCCUGAUAUGGCGGUAAGCGCAAUGAUGGCAUAAACUUGAAGUAACAAACUUUUUUACCAGUGCUCUUGUAGCUUCUGAGGCCUUAUUUGUCACAGAAUUUGGCCGAUACUUCGAAUAUUGAAACUUGAGUAUCAUGUUUGGGGCCUUUCGGACUUCCAACAACAAAUUUGGUAUAGGGAAGGGCAUGGAUAACUAAUCGUCCUUUGUAAAGAUGGUGAACAUUUGAAACUGCCCCGAGAGUGCCAAUUCUGGAAAUUUUUAACUGCUUAUAACGAAGAUGAUUCGAGUUAAAUUUUUGUGCUCUGUUUAACUGGGGGAAGCAUGCAUGCAGGUUUUAACGUAGAACGUCUGAGUUAUCUCGCAUAACAAACUGGCGGCACGAGGCAAGGAAGAUGUGAGCCCAUGUGCCCCUUGGUUGUCCUUUGAACAAGCCGAUUAUGUAGGGCCUGCUCUGUUGUCUUAUAGAGCGUCUUGUAGAUACAGGAAUAUCCAUGUUGGAGAAUAUAUAGGUUGGUAUGAAUGUAUUAGAGUUAUAGAAUACAGUUUGGUUUUACCAGACCUGUGCCAUCGGAAAUCCGAGAACGUAGUUUUGGGCAUUCAUCACGUUGCCGGACAGAAGAAAAGUUGAGAAAGAUGUUAAUACAAUUUUGUAAACGUUAUUUCCAUCAUAGAAGAAAUGAAUUUCUACGAGUAAAACUGUA